AUGGUAUACCCAUGGAUUGGCCGAUUCUUAUUUGGAAGGUCGCAAUUUCUUAAACUAGCGGUUUCUACUCCUGCUAAUAGUUUAGCACAUUCGUUGUUGUUACUAUGGGGUCCUGAAGCACAAGGAGCUUUUACUUGUUGGUGUCAAUUGGGGGGUCGAUCUGGGUGGUUCUUUGCACCUAGUUUUGGUGUAAACGACUAUAUUUCGAUUCAUCCUAUUUUUCAAGGGUUUCAUAAUUGGACCUUGAACCCCUUUCAUAUGAUGGGAGUUGCCGGUGUAUUGGUAUUUGCUUUACUAUGCGCCAUUCAUGGUGCUACCGUAGAAAAUACUUUAUUUGAAGACGGUGAUGGUGUAAAUACAUUCCGUGCUUUUAACCCAACUCAAGCCAAAGAAACUUAUUCAAUGGUCACCGCUAACCGCUUUUGGUCUCAAAUCUUUAGGGUUGCUUUUUCCAAUAAACGUUGGUUACAUUUCUUUAUGUUAUUUGUACCAGUAACCGAUUUAUGGAUGAGUUCUCUUGGAGUAGUCGGUUUAGCCCUGAACCUACGUGCCUAUGACUUCGUUUCUCAGGAAAUUCACGCAGCGGAAGAUCUUGAAUUUGAGACUUUCUACACCAAAAAUAUCCUCUUAAACGAAGGUAUUCGCACUUGGAUGGCUGCUCAAGAUCAUUCUCAUGAAAACUUUAUAUUCCCUGAGGAGGUUCUACCACGUGGAAACACUCUUUAA